CUGCAGCGCGCAGGCGGGGAAAGCACCAGCGAUGGCGAGCCCAUGGGACAGCUCCUCGAGCGGUCUCUGGGCCGCUCUGGGGCAAGCCUCCACCAUGGCGCAGCUGGUCGGUGUGGACGCGCUCGGGCUGGUCUCCAUGGUCGUGCAGGCCGCCCUGGCGGCGCGCCGCCACCGGGACGCCUGCAUGCUGCUCGCGCAGCACGUGGAACUCAUCGGCGGCCUGCUGCGGGAGCUGGAGCUCGCCGAGUUGAUGCGGCGGGAGGCCACCAGUCGGCCGCUGGAGCAGCUCCGCGGCGCGCUGCGGCGGUGCUACGCACUCGUGACCGCGUGCCAGGACUGCGGCUACCUCCGCCGCCUGGUGCUGGGCGCACGGAUGGCCGACGAGCUCCGCGCCGCGCAGCACGAGAUCGACAUGUUCAUCCGCCUCAUCCCGCUCAUCUCCCUCGUCGACAAUUCUACAAACAGUCGUCGUGUCCAGGAAGCUGUGGAGCAGGUCGACGGUAUAUUCACAGAAGGUUCAAACCACCGUGUCAGGUUUGCAGCAAGAGUUUUGGAUAUCACUGAGAUACGUGUCCAAGGAGCUCGCAAACUCUGCAAUGUUCGGGAACAUCCGUCACUCGGAAUAGUAGGCACGCAAGAACAGAAAACCCUCGACAACAAAGAACUAGUGAAGCUUUGUUUGCUCACGGUUGAAAAUUACCCAGGAUUCACAGAGUUCAGCUACUUUCAAAUCAUGAAUGCCACAGAUAAUUUCUCAGAGAAGAGAUAUCUUGGGUCUGGUGGAUUUGCAACAGCGUACAAGGGUCAGUUGCCCCAAGGAUUUAUGGUUGGCAUCAAAAGAUUCGAUCACCGUGCAACACUAUCUGAUUUCAGCAAUGAAUUGCAGCUUGCUAGGCUUCGGUAUACCAAUAUAAUAAGGUUACUGGGGUGGUGCAUCCAUGGAGAAGAAAGGAUUCUGAUCUACAAGUUCAUGCAGAAUGGUUCCUUGGACCGUCACAUAUUUGACAGGAUAAAAGGACCAUUGCUAGACUGGUCUAAGAGGCUCAAAAUAAUCAAGGGGUUGAUAGAGGGGCUUGUUUACCUGCACAAGCACUCUAUGUUACAUAUUGUCCAUAGGGGCUUGAAACCAAAUAAUAUUCUCUUGGAAUGUGACAUGACCCCAAGGAUUUCAGAUUUUGGAUCAGCCAAAACACUGUGUUCAGACGUAACAGAAGAGCGUACAAGCAGGGUGGUGGGCACUAGUGGUUACAUUGCUCCGGAGUAUGCAUCUCGAGGAGUUUACUCACUGAAGACAGAUGUCUUCAGCUUUGGCAUCUUGGUUCUGGAGACCAUUAGCGGACGAAAAAACACCAUACUCGACAAGCGAGGGGAUACCGUUGGCGAUCUUGUACGAGAUGCCUGGCGUCUGUGGAAGGACAGAAGGCUGCAUGAGCUCGUGGAUCCGUCUCUAGGGAACGGAUAUGAAGUCACUGAGAUAACGCAAUGUGCUCAGGUGGCACUGCUCUGUGCUCAGGAAGAUCCAGCAGAUCGGCCCACCAUGACUGCCAUAGCUGCAAUGCUGAGCUCUGAAAGCACGAGGCUGCCAAUGGAGCCUAAGCGGCCUUCCGCGCUGAGUGAUGGGGGUGCUGGUGAAGAUACAUACGUAAACCAAUCAAGCCGGACAAUAGACAUAACCAUAACGAGUUCAGCCACAGUGCUGAGUAGAGUUCGAAUCAUCGUAGACCCGGAGGUUUGAUGCGACAAAAAAUGUUGAAUGACAUAUAUAGCUGGAAGGUGUGGAAGGAUCAUGGAGCUUUCCUCGUUCAGAAUUCAGAGUGUGUACAGA